UUCACGUCUGACAUUUCUUCCGAAGUAGAGGGAUUAUUGAAAAAAGCGUGCUCAGCAACGCGCCAAAGCUGUUUUAAACCUUGGUUAUAAAAGGUUACGAUUACUCUGCCGUGCGGCUCACUGCGUUGCGCUCUAGAGGAAUUUGAUUGCCUCUAAGCUUCCUCGUUCCGCGGAAGUCUAGGUUAGCGUCGAAUAGGAAAACAUCAACCUACGUGAUUGUAUAUCGUUCAAGCUCUGUCGUCCAUAUAAAGCCACGAUGGAUCAGAUCAAAACGAGGAUUACUCUGUUGGUUACUAUGAUGUGGAUCAUGUCUUUUACGGUCUGUGUGAUCGCGACUAGCUCACAAGUAUCAUCAUCUUCGCCAUCUGCGUCAGCUUCAACAUUGCCGCCAACUCCUACAACACCAAUAGUAUUACUACCGACAUCACCUGCAGCGUCAGGAUCACCUCAACCAUCAGUGUCAGGGUCAACAUCACAACUAGCGGCAUCAAAACCAUUGUCCUCAUCCUCAGCCGAAACAACGACAUCACCACCAGCAUCACCGUCAGCGGCACAAACAUUAGUAGCAUUACUACCGACAUCACCAGCAGCGUCAGGAUCACCUCAACCAUCAGGGUCAGCGACAAGAUCACCUCUAGCGGCAUCAACACCAAUGUCCUCAUCCUCAGCCAAGGCAUCGAAAUCAGUGGCACAAACAUCUAUAGUAUUACUAUUGACAUCACCAGCAACGUCAGGAUCACCUGAACAAUCAGGGUCAGCGACAACAUCACCCUUAGCGGCAUCAACACUACUCACAUCAUCACCUGAACCAUCAGCAUUGACAUCAACAUCUCCAUCACCAUCAUCAAAGUCGGAUUUACCACAAUCGCAAUCAACGCAACUAGCACCAUCAUCAACGGGACCACCAGAAUCACCAUCAGCGUCACUAUCGCCAACAAUAGUUGCAUCAGGGUCAUCAUCAUCAGAACAAGAGUCGCAAUCGAUAUCAUCAUUAGCAUCAAACCAAGCAAAAAAACUGACUCCAUCACCGCCAUCUCCAUCACUUCCACAGUCAUCAUCAGUACUGCAACCGUCAUCAUCGUCACCACCAGUAUCACGAAUCCAGUCAACACAAUCUUUACCUGUAACAUUACCUUCCUCGUCGAUAGUAUCGACAGGUUCGACAAAACAAACUGUAUCGACGACAACAAAAGCAGUUACAAGCACAGUGUCUACGUCACCGACGUCGCAACCACCUACCACAUCGUCAAAAGAAGGCGCUAAGAAAUUCGAUGGAAGAGGCAAAGUGAUGGAGUCCUGGGACAACGAAUAUGCAGAUAACAGUUCCGAUAAGUACAAAGACCUUAAGAGCAGGCUUGAAACCCAUUUAGGAGGAAUUCUCGAAAAGAAAUACGGACAGAAUUUACUUGAUCUUGAGGUGGAAAACUUCCAUAAGGGGAGUAUAAUUUUCGACUUCACAGUUUUCCUUACAUCUACGACGGAUGUUAAUGCCGAUAGCCUGAAGGAGGCAAUAGAGAAAGAUGAAGGGGACUCAAAUUUCACUAUAUCCAUCGAAAGUUUAAAGCAGGUCGCUGGUCCCGCACCAACGACAACGUGUCCGACUGAGCAACCUGAACCGAAAUGCUCCGUAAAGGCGUGGAUUGUGGUUGUGAUCGUACUUGUUAUUAUAAUUCUGGUUUUGCUUGUUUUAUUGCUGUGGUUAAUUCAUCAAAACAGAAGACUGAAAAAUAGUUGGAAGGGGAGAAAGGCGUCAGUUCUGCACAAUGACAACGAUCCUUUUGCACAGCCUCGUAUGUACAGCGUCGAUUCCAAAGAUAUGUACUCGUUAUCUGGUAUAUCGGAUGGAAGACGAGCAAAAGGUCAUGGCUUGACGACAUUUAACGCGGAGAAUGAAGGUUAUAAUGGCCCGGAAAAGGACGACGAGAAAGCAGAGCCACAAAGCGAUGAGCCUAUGCAAGCCGACCUCAAAAGUGAUGUUUCCGAAAAGGAAGACAAAGAUGAAGAGAAUGUCCAGUUUUUACCUGGAAUUGGUUUUUAUUAGUGAAACAGCUAAGACAAAAAUGUUAUUGUCUUCUUAUCGAUUUAACUACAAGGGAUAAACAAUGAAGAAAUGAGUUUUUCA